AGUUAUAUCCAGUGCCUGUCUGUGUAUCGAAAGUUGUUUUGUUGUUUUAAAUUCGUGCGACAGUCUGCUUUUAUGACACGGGUUUUAAGUAACAGAUAUGAAAGGACUAAGUGCAGAUUAGUCUAAACACAGCAACGAUCCGGUUUUUAGGAAGACAUCGUGUUUUAGUAAUGAUUUAACGUUACCAGUUAGCUGCUCGAGUGUAAUAAUACAGUGGCUGAGAAACAAUGGCAGAUGUUGAAGAGAGGAAUUAUGGUGGUUGUGAGGGGCCAGAUGCCAUGUAUGUGAAGCUGAUCUCCUCAGAUGGCCACGAAUUUAUUGUGAAAAGAGAGCAUGCUUUAACCUCUGGCACCAUCAAGGCUAUGUUGAGUGGACCUGGUCAGUUUGCUGAAAAUGAAACCAAUGAGGUGAACUUCCGAGAGAUCCCGUCUCAUGUCCUCUCCAAAGUUUGCAUGUAUUUUACCUAUAAAGUGCGCUACACCAACAGCUCAACAGAAAUCCCAGAAUUCCCCAUUGCUCCUGAGAUUGCCCUGGAACUGCUCAUGGCUGCAAACUUCCUAGACUGCUAAACAGGAAUGGAGUGUGUGUUAUUUGACUGUGACUUCAAUUUAAUCUGUUCACCUUAUGUUCCUAUGAUUUUGUAUUGAGUGUGUAUUUAUAACUGUUUUGCUCUUUUGAUUCUGUUUUAUUUGUUUGUUUAUUUGGUAUUGUGUGCUUUGAAAUGACUAGAUAAUAUAUGUUGUGUAUGUUGUUUUAACAACCGUUUUGUAUUUGAUAGCACACAUGCUACUAGGACAAUUGUGAAAGUCUUAAAGAAAUAUGAAUAAACCAAAUAUAUAACUGUCA